UAUAUAACUCGCACGAAUUCACAAUUCCCCAUUCACAUCAACGAUAUACACUGACACAUUUCGCACAUUCGAAAUCAGAUGGAGAGAUUGAUCGAUGAACUGGCUAGUGUUGUGACGCACAACAUGAGACUUGAUGACGAUUUCGACUGUGGACCAUCAGAUGUUUCUUGUGAUUGGACAAAGCGCGAAUUCGUCUUGGUGCUUGACAAGAUGUUUCUUCCCGAAGCUGAUGAUGGUGUGGAUCCGAUUGAAGCGAAGAAAUUAUGGAUGAAGUUUGGUGUGACAGCGGCUGCUCAUGUGUACAAAUCUGUUGGUCAGUGUGCAUCACAAGCACUGCGUGUGUGGCUAACGAAUGCAGCGGUAGCGGUGAUUCUCCAUGGACUUCUGGGAGAGUUGACGACGUCAACAGAGGGAGAUGCAGGUGGAAACACAGCUUCUCCUGAAGAAGCCACAAGCGAAUAUAUAUCACUACCGGAUGAUGUAUGUUCAAAUGGUCGUGAGGAUGGAAAUUGGAGUUAUGGCUGUUGGACAGUGGAGAAUUUGGCGAGUAGUUCCGAGAUGAGAGAUGUUGUGAGAGGAGAGAUGAUGAAUGCAUGCAUCUCAGUGAUGAUGGCGGCUGUUGUGAACUACUUUGAGGAGAGGUGUUACACACCGAGUGGCUUUCGGAGGGACAGCUACGCGUGGCGAAUACUUCGAAGUGGUGUGAUGGAGAAAUAUGGUCUGACAGAUGAGGGUGAUAAGGAGAAGGCGAUGCUGAUCACUGGUCGAUGGGUCUCGAAAUUGGUUGUUUUCCGUAUGGCGACGGAACACCGACAGCUUCAGCAUCCAAUCAGAUCUGUGAAGGCGAUUGGUUACAACAAUCAGUCACUCAAGAAACUGGAUGUCGGUAAAUAUUUCUAUCAAGUACCAGCUGGUUUCACAUACACUCGAAUCGCCUACGCUAUCGCCAACAGGAUGGUUCGAUCUGUGUGCAUCCCCUUGUUCGAGAAUCUCCAUGAACUGAAUGAUCUCCGAAGGCUUCACCGUCAAAUAAUUGAUGAUCCAUUCCACUACCACACAGAUGGUGAAUAUUUGACCGGUUCACCGAGGACAACAACUACCGACACAGCGAACAACCUGUUCGGUCGACUCAUCACAUAUCUCAGAAUCUUUGAGCCGGAAAGUGAACUGAUGCUGUAUCCUCAGUUGUCUGUGAAUGGAGAGACGCGUGAGAAGCACUAUUUCGACUACAGUGAACGUUGGGAGAAUAUCUUGCGUGUGAUUCGUGAUGAGAGAUAUAUGCCUUGUGAACAAUGUCUACGAGAUGUGUUGAAAAUAAGCUGUGGUAUUGGGGAUCACUUCCCACCGGAUGAAGAGAUGGUGAAGAGCUGUUGGGAUGAAUACGGCGUUAGCGAUGACAUUCGCCAGAGAAUUCUCAGUUGUUAUUCAUCACCACAUCAACAUUCAAACGAAGAUUCACACCAAGAUUCGCGGGAAAAUCCACAGGAAGAUGAACACCAAGAACCACAACAGGAUUCAACAAUGAUUCACACCAAUAGCCCCAGGAUGCUGCAUACAAUAUCUACAACAAGAUUCACUCAAGUGAAAUUUCAAGGUGAUUUGCUAAAUAUUUUGUUUAACUUUAAUUAUAACAUUUUGAAUAAAGUUUACUUUAUGUUGUGUGGUGUGUUUUCUCGUGAUGGAGUGGUAGUGUAUGUGAGUUAGUGUAUACGCGCGCGAGGGCGAGAGAGAGAGUGAGUGAGUUGGUCGUUCGUUGGUACUUCGUGGUUCGGUAAGCGUGACAUUUGCGUUUCAGAGUUAGAUUACGUUGUCAACGCAGGCAGUGUAUUAUGUGCACAGUGUGAAUUAAUUGUGUAGAUACUAGGAAUCUUACUUGAUGUUGUGUGUAGGAGAAAUAGGCGAAUAGAAUUGUGGGUGAGGUCGGCUUCCAAAUCAGCCUGGAAUGAUGACGAAGGAGAGUAGAGUGAAUUCAAGUCGAGUUGAUUAAAUAGUCGACAGUUAUUUAGAAUGACAACGCAUGUAUGAGAAUGAUGAUUUCGCGAAUGAUCUCCCAUCAUCCUUAUUUUCACUCUCAAUUUAUCUUUAAGCUUAAUGAGUUUCGAUUUGAUUUCAUGGUGACCACUGGAUAAACUGAGAACUGUCCGAAGUGUAGGUUAUUAGACGGUUCCAUUGGAAGAUAUAUCGAGUGUUUGUUAACCAGUGUAUUGGUCAGGUGUAAGGGCUGAUUAACAUUCGAUUGUCAGUCGAUUUGUCAUUCCGAGUUCUGCGUUUUGGUGCACUUUGGGUGACGACGGUAUGUGUGACUAGUGGAAUUCAGCACAGAAAGCGACUGUAACAGUCGCUGGAUGUGUUAAUUGGAAAUGUUGGUCUCGCUUCCGUGACUUCUGACAGGUAUAAAUAAAUACUGCGUCAGUUAGCUAGUGUAGUAGGAGAAUAUUAAUUCGAAUAAAGCAGGAAUGACAAAUGUACCGGGAUAAUUCAUUUUUAUUAAUUCCUGGAUACUUCUCAACUCGUAUUGUCAAAAGAAGAGUACCGAAAUUAUCAAUUGAAUUGAAUUAAAUUAAAUUAGCGAUGUGGACAUACUUGUUUUUAACAAUGAUAAUGAGUAAUUGAUUGGAAGUGAGAGUAAGUAACAUUGGUGAGGAAUGAUGUAGUCAGGUGUUGAAUAGUAGAGAGUGAAAAGGAUCUAUUACUUCAAUGAAUGAAUGAAUGAAUGGGUAAUAAGAAUUUGAAAGUAGGUCAAGUGAGGUGAUAGUACUAAAAGUUCGAGGAUCAUAACCACAAAAAAGGUGAAGAUGAAGUGGUGUGGAUUGUGUGGAUGGGAUGAAAACCUCAACUAUGUGUUGACAAAUAUUUCGUUCAAUGUUUUGUUUGUAUUACGAGUGCACAAUAUCGGGGGAAGAGACUCUCUUUUCAACGAAUUUAUUAUCAAGCUGUACAAUCGUAUAUGUAUAUGGUUUUUAAUAAGAAAUUAUAUCCGGUGAGGGAAUUAGGUCACAGGUGUGAAUACAUGAAAAAAUAACAGUAGUAGUAGUAUGAAAUGCAAUUGAAAUAUUUGUGAUCAUAAUCACAGUUUAAUGUCGAGAGGCAACAUAAUUAAUGUCAUAUAUAGAAUAAUAUAUAAGAUGUAUAUAUUUUGGAAAGUGGAGCAUAGCUAUAGGAUUGGUAGGCGAAUAUAAAAUGUUACAUAACAUGGUGUGAAAUUUGAUGAGAUAGAAUUCAAUGUUGUAGG